ACGUUCAUUGAAGAUGCUGUUUGUUAUUAUUGCUUCAGAUAUAUUUGAUGAGAGUUUUAUCUUUGAUCUCCAGAGUAAACGAAGGUAGUACUGAAUUUGUAUUGAUGUUUUAGGUUUUAUUUUUACCAAAGGGAGGGGGGUUGCAUUUGAUGACGUCUAGGUUGUUUGAUCGUUCUUUUGCCGACAGACAUAGUGAACGAACAAAUCAAUAUAGGGAAAACAUUUUUGCGUUCCUACAGAGUCUGGGGCCAUAUCUGUAGGCUUUGAAGGAGCAGUUUGGCAUCAUUUGCCAUAAGCAUGGAUUCUACCUUAGGUUUCCUUGCCAAGUUUACAUCACAAAAUAGUGAACAUCUUCAAGAAAAUAUUCGAAGCCUCACUGGAUCAGAAAAUCCUGAAACCUCACUAUGCUCUGCUAUGAGUAAUCAGCAAUCUAAAGCCCUGCCAUGUAAUUUACAGAGGAAAUCAAGUAAUGUAUCCACUUCAGUUAAAUCUUCAAGCAGAGAACAUACAGCGAAUGAUAAUAUACAAGCUGAGAUGGAGCGGGAUUCCACGAAAAUGUAUUACUGCAAUUUUUGUGGGAAAUCCUAUUCAGAAAAGGAUAAUGGAAUUCAUAGAUCUUGUCAUUCAUUGACUAUAUAUAGUUGCAACAUGUGUGGAGAGAAAUUCAGUCAGAAAAAUACGUUGCUGGAUCAUUGUUAUGCUCUCCACGGCAUCAUGCAAUCAUUCAUCUGUGAUUUUUGUGGAAAAUGUUUUUCUUCGAAAGAAAGUCUUCAAAACCACCAAACUAUUCAUACAGGUGAUAAACCAUAUCCAUGUGAAAUUUGCUUUCAGUCUUUUUCGGAAAAGAGUUUUUUAAUUUAUCACCUGCGCUCCCAUUACAGUGAGAAACCAUAUCGUUGCCAGUAUUGUGGGAAAAGUUAUACCUUAAAAGGCAAUCUUCAAAUACAUUUACAAGAUCAUGAAGGAGUUAAACCAUUUUCAUGUAAGGUGUGUGAUAAGAGUUUUACUCAGAAGCCUGUACUUGACCUUCACAUGAGUAUGCAUACUGGCAAGCGUCCCUACCCAUGCCAGAUCUGUGAUAAAACCUUCAGUCAGAAGGGCAAUCUAAAAACCCACAUGCUUAUCCACACCGGCGAGAGGCGAUUUGCCUGCCCUCAUUGCGGUCGACUUUUUACCCAAAAAGGCAACAUGAAAACUCACCUCAAGCUGCACUUGAGACAUCCAUCAAUUCAGAAACCCUACCAAUGUGUUAUUUGCAGGAAGUCCUAUGUUUCAGAAGCUAGCCUGCAGUGUCACAUGGUUUGUCACCAGAAGUUAAUUCCAUUUGUUCCUCAAAACAUAGCUUUGGCAAGUACAUCUCAACACAGUUAAUUAGCUAUUGUGACAGUAUAGAAAAAUGAGACUUCUAAGUGUCUGAGUUCUAUGGCAUGGUUUUUGAUAUUAAUAUAAACUAUGACAAAUGGCAUUUUUUUGAAUAUAUAUGGAACUUAAUAACUUUGAAAAACAUAUUCGGUAAGUGGAAAUCAGCUGUUUAUUUGGCUUUUAUGGAUACAGCUCUCUCUGAAACAGCAUUGAAAUGAAAUAUCACCAUGGCCCAUCUGUAAUCAAGAUUCUGAAUACUAAAUUAUCUCCAAAGGUUCCAGCAUUCUAAACAUAUUAUCUGUAAAAUUGUUGUUGAACAGUUAAGUUUGUAAGCUUUGCAGACGUUUUCAAAACAAAAAUUUCUGCCAAAAGAAAUUUCCUUGAGAGAAGUACCAGAAAAGAGUAGAUUUUGAAAGACGGUGUCAAUGGACUGCACCUGUCUCGGAAGUCCUGGAUGCCAUUUUGAGCUGCUAGUGCAGAUCUUCGUUCAUCAGAUGAAGACCUAUAUUAGCAGCUUGAAAUGUCGUCCAAAACUUCUUAUAUACAGUCCGUUAACAAAGCCUUUCAAGUACUUAAAAAAAAGAAUUAAAACAUGGAAUACUUGAAUUUUUUUUGUCAAUUUUACAAGUAUUUCAAGAAACAUAAUUUAAACUGUAAAGAAUUAUAACAUAAGUUUAUGUGUUAUGCUUGUAAUAUUGUUACAAGUCUUUCGACUGUUGUCUGGAUUUAGACAUUUUCCUAAAUUUUGUACAUUAGAAUUACCAUUUUGAAAUGUCAGUAACUCGGUGAUAUCAGGGCACAACUAAGAGGUACUUUUUUAAUAUGUUACAGUUUGAAUUACGGUUCACAAGGAUAUUGGCUUUCAAAACAUUGUAACCCCCUAGUGUAAAUAUUUAUUUUAUGUGCAAUUCACAAAUUUAAAGUAGAUAUUUUUUAUUGACGUAAGUUAUUAUUUUGUUUUCUCUUGUCAGCCUGAAUACGGUAACUAAACCAAGAACAAAGGAUUCACAGCCGAAAAACUUUUUUUAGAGAGGAAGGAAAUAAAAUGAUUGUGUGUGUGUGUGUGUAGACUGAAGGGAAGAAUGAGUAGAAAUGAAGUCAGAGUAGAUUUGUAUCAAAUUUAUGUCUUUUUCCGAACAAAUUAACACUACACAUACUAUACCUGUCAUAAGUUAAAACUAUUCACGUAUAAAGAACCUACAUUUAUGGAAUUUAACGAGAAAAAGAAUUGAAAGUUAAAAGAUAGAAUAUUAUGAAGAAAAAAACUAGAUACAGAACUAAAUUCAGUCUAAUCUUAUUGUUCAGAAAAUACAAGGGACAUUUAUUUCCAACCUAAUUAUUCAAAAUAUCUGAAGAUUCUGUUGUAAAAUCAACAGUUAAUUGAAAAUCUCAGAAAUAACCUCCUUGCAACAUCUUCUGCCAAAAUACAACUGACAUUACAUUCACCUGUAGAGAUAAGUACCCUGAAUCUGACUUAUAGAGAAAAGAAUUUUGCUUUGUGUAUGUAAAUUAAUUGUGUGAAGUACGUAAGAGACUAUAAGUCUUCUUUCUUAUGUAUUAAGAUUUAUUAUUUAAUUUCAAUGUCAAUCAAAAGGUGUAGCAGAAAUACAAACUUGCAACAUACAGUAUGUUACAAAUAUUUCAGAAUCUGUAAAAUGGUUACAACAUAACAGUGAAACAUACACCACAGAAAAUAGCUAUCAAAAUUAAAUUAAAAGCUGCGUAAAUAUUUACUUAAUUGAGAGCAUUUUUAUGCUCGUGUUUAUAUACAUAUAUAUAUAUCUGUACAUGUGCAUUUUUGAGUGUGUGUGAUCAUUUUAACUUGUCUUUUAAAGAUCAUAUGAAAAUAAUUGUGUACAAAUUUAUAUUUGGUGAAAGGCUUAACAUGAGGUGACUUUUGUUGUUUUCCUUCCUUUUUUUUGUUGUAUAUUUUGACAAACAAAUGAUCUGGAAUAAGGAUUAUUUUUUUGUGUGAGACUCUGUGGUAAUAGUUUUAGAAAAAAAAAGUGAUAAAUUUUAUUUUUACAUAGAAGUUUCUUAACACAUUACGACCACAAUUAUUUAAGUUUU